GAUCAGAAUCUGCGAAAAGUCUCCCUCUUUUUUUCUUCGGGUUUGUUUUUGUAGGAAAAAAAAAAAACUGAACUCUCUAUCUGUAUCUCUUUGCUGGUUGUGUUUUGCAGCAGAAGAUAUCAAAAUCCUACGAAAGGAGAGGAGAGAGAGAGAGAGAGUGGUUGUUGCAGUUGCCGUCCUAGUUUGAAACUUUAGAAUAUUAUAAACGAGACCCACAUCAUUAAAAAUUCAGACUUUGAUAGUCCUUUUCUCUUUGUUUCUAUUCUCCCAUCUCUGUACGUUCUCUCCCGUCAACGUUGGCUUUCUCUCUCUCCUCGGAUUUUGAAAUAGAAAAGAUGACGCCGGAGAAUGGGAAAGAGAAGAAGGAUUUUGAUGCAGAAGCAGCAGGGAUGAAGAGAUACAGGAAUGGUGAAAUCUGGGAGUUUGAGGAUGACAUGGGUGUCUCAGAUGGUGAUGGUACUGGUGUCUUGUUGGGCUUGGAUGGUGGAACCACCUCCACUGUCUGCAUUUGCAUGCCCAUGAUUCCCUUUUCUCACUCUCAGCUCCAAUCUCUCCCUAUCCUUGCAAGGGCUGUUGCUGGAUGCUCCAAUCACAAUAGUGUUGGAGAAAUUGCUGCAAGGGAAACGAUAGAGCAGGUUAUGGCAGAUGCCCUUUCAAAGUGUGGUUCAAAACGAUCUUUAGUCCAAGCUGUUUGUUUGGCUGUAUCUGGUGUUAACCAUCCAACAGAUCAACAAAGAAUUCUCGGUUGGCUUAGGGAUAUAUUCCCAAGCCAUGUGAGACUAUAUGUUCGGAAUGAUGCUGUGGCUGCUCUAGCAAGUGGAACAAUGGGUAAACUUCAUGGAUGUGUAUUAAUUGCUGGCACAGGGAGCAUUGCAUAUGGAUUUACCGAGGAUGGAAAAGAAGCAAGGGCUGCAGGUGCUGGACCUGUCUUAGGUGACUGGGGCAGUGGAUAUGGAAUAGCCGCGCAGGCACUAACUGCAGUUGUAAGAGCGCAUGAUGGCCGUGGUCCAAGUACAAUGCUUACGAGUAGUAUUUUACAAACGCUUGGUCUUUCUUCUGCAGAAGAAUUAAUCGGGUGGACCUAUGCAGAUCCCUCUUGGGCCCGGAUCGCUGCCCUUGUUCCAGUUGUAGUGACCUGUGCAGAGGCUGGGGAUGAGGUUGCAAAUAAGAUCUUGCUAGAUUCUGUACAAGAGCUAGCUUCAAGUGUCAAAGCUGUUGUAGAGAGACUUGGAUUGUGUGGUCAAGAUGGAAAGAGUGCCUUUCCCCUUGUUAUGGUUGGCGGUGUUCUCGAAGCAAAUAGGAGGAGGUGGGAUAUAGGAAAAGAAGUAAUGAAUUGCAUUUCCAAAUACUUUUCUGGGGUAAUUCCCAUUAGACCUAAGGUGGAGCCUGCUGUUGGUGCGGCAUGGCUAGCUUGGAAUUUUUUAAUGAAAGAAUGUCACAAAGGCUGACAAUUGAUGAAGUGGAAUAUGAGAGGAAAAAAUAAAAAUAGAAAGCAAAAAGAAAAGCGACAACUUGCAAUUCUUGACUAUUAAAAGUGUAUAUUACUCAAUGACGAAAGUGUGAAUACCUAUUACCUAUGCUAUGCCAUGUAGUUUAUGUACCAUCCAAAAUAUAUGUUUAUUUUAGUUUAUGGCUUAGUUCCUCUUCAC